AUGGGCCACGACUUGUCCAAGCAAGCGAACCGUCUGGCGAUCGCAGCAGUGUCCCACAUCACUCAGUUUGAUCGGGACGAUCUCCUCGACCUCCGAACAGCGUUUGAGGCAGCGGCCAAGCCGACGACCGAAGUGAAAAAAGUGUUUCGACGAGCAGCAGCGGCACCAUCUACAUCGUCGUCGACAACCAAGGAGCGCGUCGAGCCAAACUUGUCGCGGGAGGAUUUUAACGCGGCAGUGGACCGCGCCAACUUUUAUGCAUCGGACCGCGCAAUUCUCGACCGCUUGUUCACCAUGCUCGACAAGACGGGCGACGACGUGAUCAACAGCCGAGAGUUCCUCGUGGGGGUCGCGCCGCUUGUCAAAGGCAACUUGACGUCAAAACUCGCACUGGCGUUUGAAAUGCUAGACGAAGACAGCACGGGCGAAGUCGACGCCCAAGGAUUUCGCUUCCUUGUCACAACCGUGACGACCGUUGCUUCGUUUUUUGGAGACCCGACCAUGACGAAGAAGGAUGUGUUGGCGCUGACCGCCGACAUCUUUGGCGGCGCCGACACGAUCGAGUACACCAAGAGCAUUCCCCGCAUUGCAGAGCAUGCCCUGGUCGAAGCGUAUGUGGCGCAGGACUAAUUGCAAGGUUCAAACGAAAGCAGGUUCUUUC